GCAAGAGGGAGUGCCUCUGGAGUCUGCAACCCAUGGCGAUCAGUUGACGUUUAUCAGAAUCAGAACUGAUCAGGGGCGCCUCAAAGACUGCUGGGAUUGGCAACCGCGGCCCCUCCCAAGGGCAGUCCCACAACUCAGUUUCAACUUGGAGGAUAAAAGAGAUCCCAGAUAGACUUCAUGACCAUAAGCCAAAAGUGCUCAAUGCAAGAGGCGAAUUUCUAAGAAAAAGGUUGGCAGAGUCGAUUGGGAGUUGUCCAAACAACAAUUACAACUGAGUACCUCUUAAGGGUUUAGUAAAGAGAUUGUUGAUGAGGGUUGCCUAAAGAUCAGCUUAUCAAAAUCAAGCCCCUCUUGUCUAGAUAGAGGUUUAGCCAUGGGGAAGAAGAGCUACACAGGGCCGACAGGCGCAAUUGUUGGCACGGGUACUCCGCCAAUUUUGCCUCCAAAUCUGGUGCCGUCCGCUCCAGCGCCCCCUCAGAGCAGACGGCCAUCAAAUGACAGGGGUUAUGUUGUCUCCAGAGUGGUUGAGGACAGAAAGUGCCGGGACGUCUUGUUCCUGAUUCUCUUUGUGUUGUUCUGGAUUGGUAUGCUUAUCGUGGCAGGGAGUGCAUUCGCCAAGGGGGACCCCAGAAGGUUGGUUUACGGGCUAGAUUACAGGGGCAACCUGUGUGGAGCAAGCGACGCACAGCCGAACUUGGUUGGGUUUGACACCCGGUACUGGAUGAACCCGCAGCAGAUCUACGACAGCGGCAACCCCCUUGACCCGUUCAGUCUGUCAGAUGCUAGAAGCAUCUGCUUAAAAGGUUGUCCCGAAGUGUCCAACACCUCCCUGUCCUGGGUUUGCGACUACCCCGAGGGGCCUAAGCCCCCGGUUCAGGACAUGGAGACUUGGGCCGCACGCAACUACGACUACUACGACCUGCUUACGCCGCAGCAGAAGAACUUCUCAGCCAACCUGCAAGGACCGUGCUAUCCUGUGUUGCUCCCCUCAGACAACUUCUUCUGGAGCUGUCAACCGCAGCAGAGCGGCCUCAACACCGAGGCAUAUGCCACAUGGAGAGCAGCACCAGUAAAUGGGAUCCAAGUUGCGUCGUCCAACUCGCAGUACUACGCUGAUGCAGUCAAGGCGCUCCUGAACCAGCCUGCAGCAAUCCUGAAUCGUUACGUGGCGGAUCUCGGCCGCGCCUGGCUGGUACUGGUGGUCUGCGCCGGCGUCGCGCCCUUUAUCCUCGGCUUCGUGUUCCUCAUCCUGAUGCGCUUUCUGGCGGGCCUCAUGACGUGGCUCUUCAUCAUUGGCGUGAACCUGCUACUCAUCGCCGUCGUCCUUUACACCUACGCCAAAGCUGGCGUGAUAGGCUCCGACGCCGUUAACGCUCUCAUCGGCGAGUCAGCCGCACGGCAGCUGGAUCUGACUGGCACUACCGGCCAGGAGGCCACUGACCUGAAGUACGUCGCCAUCGCCCUCACGAUCUUCACUGUACUCUUCAUCAUCUUCACGAUCAUCAUGAUCAAGCGGAUACGCAUCGCCAUCGGCGUAGUGCAGGUUGCGUGCAAGGCCAUCGGCCAUAUCCCUUCGCUGGUCUUCUUCCCGAUCUUUCCGGUCAUCGCUGUGGCGGCCCUCGGCGUCUACUGGGUGGCAGUCACCAUCUACCUCUUCAGCGCGGGGACCAUAGAGCCGACCCAGGGCUGCGACAUCGCCGGGUGCUGCCAGUACUCCGUGUUCAACUCCACCUUCCAGUGCGGCGUGGAGAACUGCUGCGGGUACGACAUCCAGUACAACACCAGCAUGAAGUGGGUCCUGCUGUACCACCUGUUCGGGCUGCUCUGGACGUCGCACUUCGUCGUGGGCGUCUCGCUGUGCAUCAUCGCGGGGGGGGUCUCGUCCUACUACUGGUCGCGGGGGGACAUCUCGUCGGUUCCGCUGGUGCCCCUCUUCGGCUCCGUGUACCGGACCUUCCGGUACCACCUGGGCAGCGUGGCUUUCGGCUCGCUCCUAGUUGCGACGGUGGAGCUGGUGCGGUUCAUCGCGGCGUAUUUGCAGCGCAAGCUCAAGGAGGCGGGCCAGGGCAGCUGGACCAAGUGGCUCUGCUGCUGCGUGCAGUGCUGGCUGGGCUGCCUCGAGUGGAUCGUCAACUUCAUCAACAGGAACGCGUAUAUCAUGAUCGCCAUCAAGGGCAAGGGCUUCUGCUCGUCCGCCCAGACCGCGGCCAAGCUGCUCUUCGGCAACGUGCUGCGCGUCGCAGCCGUGAACGUCAUCGGCGACUUCGUGCUCUUCCUGGGCAAGAUGGCCGUCAGCCUCGCGUGCGCCGUCUUCGCUUUCCUCAUGCUCGACGGGGAGCGCUACAAGACGGGGCAGGACAAGAUCUCCAGCCCGCUCGCGCCCGUCCUUUUUGUGUGGGGCGUGGCUUUCAUUAUCGCGUCCAUAUUCUUUGGUGUCGUUGAGAUGGCGGUGGACACAGUGCUUCUAGCGUUCUGUGAGGAUUGUGAGGAAAAUGGAGGCGUGCCGCGCUAUGCGCCGCCGCUGCUGAUGGACGCUUUGUCCCGGCAUGCAAAGGCUCUAGAUGAGGAGGAUGCUCAAAGAAAAGCGCAACUCGAAGUUGAGUUGGCGAAGUUGAACAGGCCUCGGGCUUAAGGUUAUGCGUGUGUUGAGGUUGAGGCCCACUCCGUUAUUGAUCGGAGCUAGAUAAUCACGGUGGCAGGAACUCAGGUAUAUAGAACCGCUUAAACAUUGAGCUUGUAGUACGUUGUUUCCUCGUUCGAUAUUGCCACCAUGCAAUCAUAGAUUUAAGGUGACUUAUGAGAACCAGGACCUGGAUCCAACGGCAAUGAUGUUGCUGAUAAUGCCGAGACAAAUUGAGUAUUAGUUUGAUUAGAAAUGUGUGGCAUGCAAUGAUCCACA